AUGGCUCCGUCCCUGGCCACAGCAUUCGCCAGGCGGUGGUGGAUGGCGUUGACAGCCGUCAUAGAGAACCUGUUUUUCUCAGCUGUCCUGCUGGGCUGGGGAUCGCUACUCAUCAUGCUCAAGUCUGAAGGUUACUACUCCUACAUGUGCAAUGGAGAAGGUAACCACACCACCUCCCCCAACCUGUCUGUCCCCCGCCCUCCACCAGGGGGCGAUGAUGACUACAGUGAUUACUACUCAGAGGAGGAGGAGGGUGUGGUGGGGCUGGGGGAUGGGGUAGAAAUGAGGCCUCUGGCUCCCCAGGACCCUUACGGACCCACGAGGAUGAACGGCUGGCUCAUCUGUAAGGACCAGGAUGAGAUGUUAAACCUGGCCUUCACCGUGGGAUCAUUUCUACUCUCAGCCAUCACCCUGCCGCUGGGCAUCGUCAUGGACAAAUACGGACCACGCAACUUACGACUGCUGGGCAGUGCCUGUUUCUCCUUUUCCUGUCUCCUCAUCUCCUACGGUGCAUACAAUCCUGAUGAGCUGUCUGUACUCAUCUUCAUCGCUCUGACGUUCAACGGAUUCGGAGGCAUGUGCAUGACCUUCACCUCCCUCACGCUCCCUAACAUGUUUGGUAAUCUGCGUUCUACGUUCAUUGCUCUGAUGAUCGGCUCCUACGCCUCCUCUGCUGUCACCUUCCCUGGAGUCAAGGUGAUCUAUGACCUUGGUGUGACCUUCAUCACCAUCAUGGUUGUCUGGGCAGCGUGUUCCGGCCUCGUCUUCUUCAACUGCUUCUUCAACUGGCCCCCGGAACCCUUCCCUGGCCCAGAGGACAUGGACUACAGUGUGAAGGUAAAGUGCAGUUGGCUGGGUUUUGACCAUAAGAUCACAGGGAAGCAGUUCUACAACCAGGUGACCAAGGUGGGGAAGCGUCUGAGUGUGAGCAACAGUCUGAAGCAGAGAGAGCCGGCCACUAAGGAAGGACACAGACUCUGUCUCUCAACCUUGGACCUGGAGGUCAGCAGAAAACCCAUGGAGGAAUCCCAGUCGUUCAUGCAGAGCAUCAGCAGCCCUCUCUUCAUCCUCUCUCUGGUCACCAUGUCCAUCACUAAGCUCCGUCUCAUCUUCUACAUGGGAGCCAUGAACAACAUCCUGGAGGGCCUCAGCGAUGGAGACCUCAACACUGGUGGGUACUGCUGCUAG